AGCAGCGGUGUCUUCGAGGAAACCGGAAGUCCGUGGUGACCCCUGGCGACCCGGUUUGUUUUCCGUCUGUCUCCAACAUUGGGGAACCGAAAGCCGGUGGCCUUGGGGGCGGCCCUACGUAACCUGGGCUUAGGGAAGUGACCAGCAACUGACACUGCAUACACACCUGGCUUAAAGUUACUGACUCGUCAUUACUUGGAGACCCAACUGUCUUCUGGACUCAUCAUUGCAGUGAUUCCAUCAAAUGAAGAGCUGGUACAAUCAUAUACUAUUUCUCUGUUACCCUUCAUUUCUAGCUAUCAUGGAUGCACUAGUGGAAGAUGAUAUCUGUAUUCUGAAUCAUGAGAAAGCCCACAGAAGAGAUACAAUGACUCCACUCUCAAUAUAUUCAGGAGAUGAGUCUGUUGCUUCACAUUUUGCCCUUGUCACUGCAUAUGAAGAUAUCAAGAAACGACUCAAGGAUUCAGAGAAAGAGAACUCUUUCUUAAAGAAAAGGAUAAGGGUUUUGGAAGAAAAGCUUGUUGGUGCUCGAUUAGAAGAAGAGACAAGUUCUGUAGGACGAGAACAAGUGAACAAGGCCUAUCAUGCAUAUCGAGAGGUUUGCAUUGACAGAGAUAAAUUGAAGAAUAAAUUGGAUAAAAUGAAUAAAGACAACUCUGAAUCUUUGAAAGUAUUGAAUGAACAGCUACAGUCUAAAGAAGUAGAACUUCUCCAGCUAAGAACAGAGGUGGAAACUCAGCAGGGAGAUAUGAUGGUUUUAUUCAGGAUAGUUUGUGAUGAAGUAGAGGAGGAAAGGAAUAAAUCCCAUUCUCACCAAAAGUUCCACCCCACUGUGAUGAGGAAUUUAAACCCACCCUCAUCAAACUGGGAGGUGGAAAAAUUGAGCUGUGACUUGAAGAUUCAUGGUUUGGAGCAAGAGUUGGAACUGAUGAGGAAAGAAUGUAACGAUCUCAAAAUAGAACUACAAAAAGCCAAACAAAUGGAUUCAUCUGAGGAAGACAGCCUGCAGAAUAUGGAUCUCCACAGACUGAGCUUGUCAAGUGAUAAUAUGCAACAUGCAUACUGGGAACUGAAGAGAGAAAUGUCUAAUUUACAUCUGGUGACUCAAGUACAAGCUGAACUACUAAGAAAACUGAAAACCCCAACUGCAAUCAAGAAAGCCUGCACCCCAAUAGGAUGUGAAGACCUUGGGAAAGACAGCACAAAAUUGCACUUGAUGAAUUUCACGGCAACAUACAAAAGACAUCCCCCUUUGUCACCAAAUGGUAAAGCUAUUUGUUAUACACCAUCUUCCCCUUUACCAGGAGAUAUAAAGGUUUUAUCGGAAAAAGCAGUUCUUCAGUCAUGGACGGAUAAUGAGAGAUCAAUUCCUAAUGAUGGUACAGACUUUCAGGAGCACAACUCUUAUGGCAGAAAUUCUUUGGAAGAUAAUUCUUGGGUAUUCCCAAGCCCUCCUAAAUCAAGUGAGACAGCAUUUGGGGAAACUAAAAGUAAAACUUUGCCAUUACCCAAUCUGCCACCCUUGCAUUACUUGGAUCAACAUAAUCAGAACUGCCUUUAUAAGAAUUAAUUCUAAUGAGAUUCAUGAUUUGGUCACAAGGACAAUACUCGCAGUGGUUCUCCCAAGAUUAUUCUAGAUGGAAAUAGACUUUGAUUAAAAACUUAGAGAUCUUCAAUAUGUACAUUUGUACAUACUGUACUGCAUUAUGUAGUUGAUUUUCCAGUGUGAAUGAGAACACUCCAGCUCUCCAGUUCUAUACUCAGAUACAUGUUAUUAUAUACAUAUGUGUGUAUAUGUGUGUGUGUAUAUGAACUAAUAAUCUUAAGUGUUCAAGAAGACAGUUGUACCUUUGAUAACAAUUUUUUGCUUCUCAGAUAAAGAAUGGAAAUGGAAAUUUUAGGCACAUUUUAUAAAGGAUGUGGACUAUCUAAAUAUCCAUUCAUCAAAUAAAAAGAAGCCUUUAGUGUAAGAGAAGAACCAUGUACAUUGGCUCAGAUUGCAUAAAGAAGCAGAUAGUAAUGUGAAUAGGUUAUAUUUCUGUGGACUUUACAAUGUAUACAGAUUUGAAAUACAAUGGAAUCAAAGUGUCUAGGUUAUUCCAUUUCUGUAUGCUAUUAUGUUUCAGGGUUUAAGAUUUAAAAUCAUCCUUUUACUAAAAUGCUUGUGUGUAAAAUUUUAGAAAUGUAAUUUGAGUUCUAAGACUUGAAAUUACUUGCCCAUGGAAGCCAACUUUGUCCCAGUACAUUCAAGUCCUAAAUAUUUCAAAACGAUGUGGUGUGUGAAUAAACUAGUAUAGCUUUCUACACCAUCUAGUUCAAGUAGAAAGAGCUUGUCACAGGUCAGUGCCUCCAGUGGUCCAUAAUGAAAAUCUUCAUGUGUCAACUGUAUACAGUCAUCUUCUUCAGCAGGAAUACAGCUGCUCGUUAUGUAGAACAGCUUAGAUAUUGUUGGACUAUAACAUUUGAGAAAGUGACUUUUAAUUAACAGAGUCUAGAACUAAAUUUUGUGCUCUAUUGACAUAGUACAAUUAUGGAACGAACGUACACAAACUCAUUCUGACUGGCCAAUCAUUUGUAAAUAAGAAAUAACAAAGGCGGCUUCACAUGGACAUUCAUCUAAAUUCCUUCAGGGUAGAGGCAUUAAGAGUAUUAGUAAUCAUAUAUUACCUGUUUCAUGUAAGAAGACUUUAUCCUUUUUUUAAUGGAAUUUUAUAUAUCUUGAAUUUAAAAGAUCUGAGGUCUCUUACAUUACUGAAUAACAUGCAUACAUAGACAGUACUCACCAUUCACCAGUUAUUUUUGUCUUUAUCGCACUUAUUCAAGCUUGUCCGUGAUUAAUGGAAUUGAUGUCAGAUGCUGGAAUUUAUUCUGACCAGUGAACACAGCUGACUCGAGGGAGUACAAGCUCCUGCCAAGUAAUACAACAAAACCAUUGCAAUAUGCAUAAAACAAAUACCAGACUCCAGACUUUAGCUGAAAGAACUAACAGUCUGUGUAAUAAGAAAGCAGCAGAAACAUUUCUCAUGUGGCUGCAUAGGCUGUAUAUUAUCUCAUCUCUAAUGUAGCUUACUGGUUUGCCUUUUUUUAAACCAAGGCUGGAAAUUUUCCUUUGUAAAGAAGAGUCUUAUGAGAUAAUGUUUUGAACAAUGCCAAGAAAUUGUUUUAAUUAAAAUUAUUUUUGUUUUUAAAAUGGAA